UUUCUUAACUUCAGGAGGAUAUGCCAGUUGUUUUUCAUUAGAGGUUUCUUUUUCAGUUAAAUAUAAACUAAACAGUUCUUCAUUUGAAGGUAUUCUCGCAAAUUAUUACCUUGUAAUAAAUACAGAAUUACAUUCAGGUUCCCUCAUUUUUCUUUCAUCAGCUUAUACAGUUAUUCGAUUUCUUCCAAAAGAAAAAGUUAAAAUAUUAUUUCUCCAAUCUAUAUCAGG